UUUUUUUAUUUUUAUUCUCUUUUUUAUUUUAAAAAAAAUCGCAUUUCAUAUUUUAUUUCUCACGCUUCUUUUUUUCCCUUCGAAAUUCACACUUUGAAUCAGACCACAAUGAGCUUUGGGAGUGGAGGGCCGGCGCUGUCCAGAGACACACCAAUCGACACGCGCAUGUUCUCUAACGAAUCCUUGCUGCUGCGCAUGGACUUGGCAACACAUGCCUUUUACAAAAAGCUGGAGAACCCACAGGACAAGAAGAUGCUAGAAAUAGCAUCACACGUCGCAAACGUCAGCGUUCUGCUGCGGCAAGCAACAAAGAAAGAGCUGAAGAGGUACGGGCAGCCAGGUGAGCAGGAUAUCACUCAUGAUGUGCGCAUGAAGUACCAAGCUCGACAGGACCAGAUCACGCAGCUGGGCACCUUUGACAUGCAGUGGGGACUCAAGUGGCUGCUUUCAUUCAUAAUCUUGCUCGAGUCACCCGUGUUUGGAACCGCUGGCGCCGAGCGCAUGGUCGUUAUUGCCAAGCAAUGGGUGAAUGCCCUGGCCGACGCAGGCAUACACGAGGUAGCAGACCAGAUGCCGGAGCUGCAUAGCAUUUUGCAAACCGCGCGGGAUGAGCUGCCGGCAUCCUGUGCACUGGCCGAGCAGCUUCCGGGCAAAUUCAGCUCUGCGUGCAGCUUGCUGUUUGCUGGCCAGCUGCGCGAUGCCCACGUUGACAUGUACAAGCCCAAGUGGGUGGUAGCCGAAGAGACGCUCAAUAGCCAGGCCCAUGUAGAGUGCUUGUCCGAGAUGUCGUUGGAUGAGGCCCGCCAGCUCGUUGAUGAUAUUGUGCCCUUGGACGCGGUGUGCAUAAGCAGCUGCCCCUUGGAUAUCCGCAUUGAUUCGGUUGGCGCAGCGGGCGCCGAGGACGCGUCAGGGCGGCAGCAUUACGUGCAUGUGUUGGUACGUAUUUUUGACCGCCAAAAGAUGGCUGACAAGGAGGAUAAGGAACCCAUCUUGCUGCGCUUUGGAUACGAAAGUCUCGAGUUUUUGCGCCCCGGGUUUAUUAUUGAGGCCACGCUGCACACAUUGAGCAACGGGUGCCACUAUAUCGACGCGGUUACAAUGGUAUGGCCAAGCUACUCGCCGCUGGACUAUGUCAAGCUCUAUUGAUACAUUUGAAGUGAAGCUGCAAAUGUAUACAAAUAUUUUUUAAAUCGAAGUAGUGCGCAGCAAACAUUUGUAAUUUCUCCAUAAACGAAAGCCCCUCUUCUUGGCACCAGAUGAGCAGAAAAAUUUCAAAGAAUGGGGGGGGGGGCGCAGCUUGUG